GUUUUGUUUAAAUACCCGACACAUAUCGGAUUCGUUAAUCUCACCUUAACUUGUGAAGCUAUCUCAUUAACAAGGCCAGAGUGAGUCACAGGAUGAAGUUCACGCACUUGAUGGUUAUCGUUAUUGCAGUGUCUUUCUCCGUAUUCGACACAGUCCGCGCCCUUCGAUGUAAUGUGUGCAUAAGCUCAGUCUCCUGGGAUGACUGUGAACAGAACACUCAAAAGUUGACGUGCGAAUCAGAGGAUACUUACUGUCACCGCCACAUGACGAGUUCUGAGGUUAUGGGCAUCACGAUUGUAACUUUUUCAAAAGGUUGUGCAACAUCUGACAAAUGCACACCUGAAGCAAUUGAUCGGUGUAAAAACGCUAAAAACACCGACCUUCAGGGAAUGCCUGGAGUUACAGCAGUCGAUUGUGACUUGAAAUGCUGCCAGGGAGAUUUGUGUGAUUAGCAUGUAAAAAUGUCUGUGAUUCACACCAGAGUAAACGAUUUUCUCAGUAGGAUGUUAGGAGUUUUCAUGUGAAGAAAAUAAAAA